AUGUCUGGACAGUGGCUGUUUGUGAAACAAGUCAGGUUCUACUACCUCAGGCACAAACAUCUCCACAUCAUCCGAAGGUGGUUCAUUUGUUGUGCUCUUCGUAUCCAAGGUUGGGUUCAUCAACUGGUCCAUCUGAGCAAGAAGGCAGCACCAUUUGGCCUCUGCACUAGUGAAUGCAAUGAGGCUCCUGAGAGCCAGUGGUGGGGGGUGAGGCUACCUGCAGGAGAGCAUGAGGCUAUUAUGGGUGGCACCAGAGCUGCUGGAAGUGAUGAACUGUUACAAAAUACUUCUGGAGAUUACUUCAUCCCAGAACAUUUUUUCUAUGCCUCUCCACCUGUAGACUUAGAUGAUGACAAUGGCAAAUUCCACAAGAAUUCAGUUACAAAGCCCUUAUAUGUGCUUGGUUGGGCGGUCAAACAAACAGAGGCUGGAUUUAUCAUUAAUGAGGAACAAGAAAUCAUACCCACUGUGACAAUCAGACCGGCGCUAGGCGCGUAUGAUCAAUAG